AUGACAGUGGCACUAUUGUUGUCAGUUUUUUAUCCAGACUGCUCGAAUGAGCGUCUGGACGUAUCACAGAGCAUGGAUGACCACAACCUUAAAUUUACUGACUGGAAGGUCCAUGGUUCGAACCGACCUGUCUCUCGACUCCCUUUGUCUAGGCUUGGGAAACCUGGAAGUGUUUCAGCCCUCAUGCUUCCUUCGGGUGGUAUGACAGCUUGGCACCGAGUGUUACAGUCCCACCAAUUGGAAAAUAUCUUGAACGCAUUACCCUCCACGAUCCUCCGUGUCACAUCGCGCCGCAUAAUCUCCUUGAGCUCAUCAAUGAACAGGGUGAAAACAUCCAAAGCAAUCAUGUUGAGCUCAACGGUAUCCAAGGGCUUCUGCGCGACCUUAGAUCCGGGGGCCCCGGAUGUGGAUGGGGAGGGCGAAUGGCGUGGAAGGGAAAAUGCACGUGAGGGAUCAAGGAUGGACAUAUCUGUUAAAGAUUCCGGUGUUGGAAGUAGUGUCCGGCGAUUGAUCAAGGCCUGUGGACGGUCGGAAAGGGGGAUCAGCUUGACCCCGGUUGUAACGAGACUGUUGGCGUCAAUUGUGCUUCGUCGCCUUACGGUGGCUCGGGAGACACUGACUCGAGAGCCACUUGCGAUCCAGGGAAAAAGGCUGGAAGUUGUGGAGCGUUUCAUGUAUCUUGGAAGUUGUAUUAAUUCUGACUGUAGUGUGACAGAUGAGGUGAAUGCACGAAUCUGCAAGGCUCGGGCCGCGUUUGCAAACUUGAGACACCUAUGGCGUCAGAAUCGUUUAUCCCUAAAUCUGAAGGGACGUGUGUAUCAGACUACAGUACGGGCUGUCUUGUUGUACAGCUGUGAGACUUGGCCUAUUCGAGCAGCGGAACUGAGACGUCUUCAGGUGUUCGACAAUCGUUGUCUCAGAACAACAGUUCGUGUGAAUUGGUGUCGUUGUGUAACGGGUACUUCCAUUGAAGAAUGUGUCCAGCACCAGAAGCUGCGUUGGUUGGUUACGGAUGUUGGUGUUACGGAUGCAGAACCAUCGUUUGCCGAAGAGAUUGCUGUGUUCCAUGCCCAAUUCAGAGUGGCGUAA